UCGUUCCCUGUGUUGGCAGGUGAAUUCUUAACCACUGUGCCACCAGGGGAGUCCAGUUUGUAUUUUAAAAUGGGGAGCAAGAUCGUUAAUUUAAGUGCCCUUUGGCCUUAGUGCUCAGCCAAAGGAAUGAAAUCUUUCCAAGUCUCCAUUAACUUGUGGGGGGAAGGGGCUUUGUAAUCAGAGUAUUUCAACUAAUGAAAACUCUCCCAGAAACAGCUUGUUUAGCUAAUUUUUUUCUUUUCCUCACAAUAGCAACUCAUAACUCCAAGAGGGAGUGAAAAUGUCACAUCGCUCAAGGCAAGCCUGAAUCUGAUUUUUUUCUCUCUGGCUUUGGUCUCAGGAUGCUGCCCAAAAACAUGGUGGGAGGAAUCUUUCUAAACAAAGGGAUCCUUUUUGCUUUGUGAUAAGGCUUUUGUCUGGGCCCCUGAGCCCACAGGGGACCGGCUCAUGUGCAAGGAAUUUAGGGUGGCCUACCCCACACCCCUUCCUUCUUCCGCUAGAGUUCUCCGCUAAAGCAGGCUGGCAGGAGAUGGGGAGUUUACGAGCCUGAUUCGUGGCUCGCAUCCAACGGCCCUGCUUAUCUCCCCAGGACAAAGCUCAAAGAUGAAAGAAUCCCGCAGGCCUUUUAUUGCCCACUUUGCUCCCUCUGCCGUGACCACCGCCUUCCCUAGCCACCAGGACACCCCUCCCUGUCAGUGUGGACAUUCUUAAGGCAAAGCUGAUGCUGAACGCUGGUGGGAUGAUCUCAGAGGAGAGGCAAGUCCUGGCAGAGGCACCGAGCCCCGGAAAUGCCUGCUUCAGGCCCCACUAGUAGCAGCAAAAGAACCUAAUGUGUGCGAAACGCUCAGAAAGCAGCAGGUCAGAUGCUGCAGGUGCAAGUCUGGAUUCCAGUCUCAGCUGACAACUCACGCAGUUAUCGUCUCUGUGCCUCAGUGGCUUUAUCCAUAAAAUGGGAAGAUAAUGGGAAAAGCCAUUCUAAGAUUAACCUCUAGAAAGAUCCCACAACACAUCCAUCUCCCAACUGACUUGGGCAAACCUUCCUUCACCCAGAGCUGCUGGGGGAGGGGAUGCCUGAGUUUUGGGGAGACUCAGCUCCCCAAGUCAGAGUGGAAGGGAUACCUCACAAAAGGAAGCGUAGUUUGUAGGGAAGCCGUUUAGCGUGGUGGUUUUUAGCACAGGCCAGCGGGUUCAAAUCCUGGUCCUGCUGUGACCUCCGGCUGAUCGUUUACCCUCACAGAAAACAGUGCCUCCAUUUUUUCUUCAGUGAAACAGGGUAAUGGGACCUGCCCCAUACAGUGCUCUUAGGAUUAACCAACAAAACGCACAGAAAGAAUAUCACUGUAUCCAGUACACGGUAAGGGCUCACAGAAUUACUAUUACUUGUGUAAAGUGCUCUGAGAGCUUAAUUCCAGGAGGGGCUACUUUAAAGACACAAGUACUGAGUCCUAGGAAAGGCCCUUGUCUUGGACAGAGCCCCAGGCUGGGGAUUAGGGUUGGGCAUCAUCGGUGGAAAUGGAUAGAGUGGGUCCUUGGUGGCCCGGGAGCGUGGCCAGAAAGCUGGGAGGCACCUGUGCCCCUCCUCGACUCCUGGCCUCCCCUUGUUUCUGAGCUGCAGUGACCUCUUUUCCCCUAGCGCAGGCCUAGGCCAGAGACAGACCUGGGGGCUGCCUCCACACCUUCCCAGGGGUUGUUGGUGGCUUUUAAAUGAGUUUUUAAACCUACAGUAAGACAAAUGUCCUAAGUAACAAUGAGGCACUGACUCUUAAGAUUAUCCCCAAAUUUUUACAGGGGAGUUUGCCAGGGCUCAGAGAGGGCAGCGAUGAUCAAGUUGUGUUAAAACCUGGGAAACCUGAAUUAAAACCUGGGGUCCUGAAGCUGCUCACAAGGGCCUGGCACAGGGUGGGCGCCCGCAGACAAGGGAACAGAAUCUGAAGGCGGCUCUCCUUGUGGGCGGUUGGCUGUCCUUGUGCCAACUGGAAGGCAACAUUUCAGGGGUUGCCUCUCUGCACCCUCCCACUCCCCUCCCUUCGGGGGUAGCCUGUCCACUGGGCAGGAGGAUAGCCGCCUGGGCUGUUGUCACUGCAGUGACCACCAGGGGCCGCCUUGGAUCCUUAAACUGAAGCACCGUGGGCAGCCUGGGUGGUGGGGAAGGCACAGGGUCUCCGAAGCCCCAAGGAGGGGGACACCCACCUCUGCCCUCUUUGUGCUCUGAACACCUGGGCUUACCAGUCUGUGGGUGGGGGCGGUCUGGGCCAGGGAGGCUUUCUUGAGUUCUGGCACCAGACCCCACUACCGUUUCACCCCAGGGUCUUGCCACCCCCAGCCCCCUAACUCUUGACUUUCCUCCCUCCGUCCUUACCCAACCUACCUUGCAGCAAGAGAGUUGCCAUGAACCAGUGUUUAUGGUUCAGUUCUUAAUCAAAGGACACCUCCUCCAGGAAGACUUCCCAGACCAUCCCCCAAAUUCCCUGCCUGCCCCUCUAUCCACCUGGUUAGGCAUCUGUCUCUCCUGUACUGAGAAACCUUGAGGGCAGGAAGCCUGUGGGCUCUGUCCCUUCUCAUCUCCCUUUAGUACCUGGCUGUGUGUCUGGCACAGGGUCAAGAGCAAGUGAAUGUUUGUUGAAUGAAUAAACAAGAGCAUACCCAGCAGAGUGGAAAGGCAAGUGGCCCCAGGGCAUUGUGGGUAACCUCUUUCUCACUGGUACUCACCCAGAGGGUCCUGGUCAAGAAGGCAGAGGGUGUGAGGAUCCAGAAGGCUGACUUCAUGGUGCUGUUGAGGUGACUGAUGGGUCCUCCUCUGCCCCGCCCUGCCUGCACCCCUCUCACGAUGCUUGUCACAUUCCGUGGGAGAGUCUGUAACAGAGAUGUGGGCUUUGGAAUCAAUCCCAGUGCGACCAUUUAAUGUUGCUGAGCAUCACUUUUCUCACCUGGAAAAGUGACGUAAGAGAGCCUAUUAGUGGGACUUCCCUGGUGGUCCAGUGGGUCCGGGGUUCAAUCCCUGGUCAGGGAACUAGAUCCCACAUGGCGCAACUAAGACCUGGCACAGCCAAAUAAAUAGAUAGAUAAAUAAAUAAAUAAAUGUUUUUAAAAAGAGCCUAUUAGUCGUUGAGUGAAGUCACUCGGUGAAGCCGCAGCUCAGGGCCUGGUACACAGUGGGCACACCAGUAGUGUGCCCUGGGGCACAUCAUUUCUCCAGGCCUCCAUUUCCCCACCUGAAAAGGAGGCUCUGAGAGCCCCAGUGAUCAGGCAGGUGGCUUAAGGCACACGGAGUGCAGCCUAGCAGCUGGCACCCAGCAGGUGCUUGUUCAUUAUCAGCUGGCAUUUACAGAGGGCUCCCCGUGCCAGGUGCCGUUUGUCUCAAGUUGUUAAACACUGUUCUAACGUCAUUCUCUGAACGCUAAGGGUAGUUCCCGCCAUCGUCUCGCUGUACAGGGGAGGCCAUACCGCUGUCAAGUGGCAGAGCUGUGUGUGAGGAGUUGGCCCGGCAGCCAUGUAACCAGAGCUUCCUGGAGUGGAGACGACCUCUCUUUAGACCCCCUUGGGUGCCUGGCAUGCAGUAGGUGUACACUGGGGUUUGCUGAAUGGAAUAGAGGCAGUGGAACCCCGUGCGCCACCUGGGAUCCUCUGGGUAUGAGGAGGAAAGGCCUGGGCCCUGGGUUCCUCUGGGGCAGAACAGGGCCCCCUCCCAGGCACCCUGGGUAGGUGUGGCCUUUGCUCCUUUUUUCAGUCUGGUCUGUCCCAACCACUGCCUGUGUGUGGCUCGCAGUGCCCUGAGCAGCCCAGCCUCUCCUCUCCGGCAGGGCCUUGGCAACCCAGCCCUCAUUGGCUGCACGUAUCCUUGGAGAUGAGGCACCAGCAGUGCAAACAUAGGCGGCAGAAUGUUUCCUCCCUCCCCCGCCCCCCUGCCCUCACUGCCAUGAGGGAUCUAUUCACCUCCCAGAAGCAAGCCUGCUGGCAGGAGCACAUCCGGAAGGAGACUGCCGCCCAGGUCGCCUGGAACAUCAGCUAUGGCCACAAGCACCUGAAGGAGGGACCCUUGCCCAGGAAGCGGCUCCAAAAGGCCCCCUUCAGGGUUUUGGUGAAAUCAGGCGGGAAAACACCCAGAGCAGGAGUUAUCCUCAGAAAGCUGCAUGAGGGGAAUCCAUGAAGGACACCAGGGCUCCAGCUUAUGCCAGGUUCCAGCCCAUCACAAAGAGCUUUUACAUCAAAAGUAGCAUCUUCCAUGUCCCACGGCGAACAGACCAGCGGAUGUGAAUUUGCUGGGGGUUCAGAAGCUGCUCCUUCCUUUUCCUGUGGUCUGUCUGGACCCUGAAGAGCAGAGACAUUGCCAGCCCCACCCUCCCCGCGUUCUGUUCAGCUCUGCCAAGCGGGGAGAGGCACGAGUCCUACUCUAAGCACAGUGCAAUCUGGUGUUCAGCAGGCCACCUGCCACAUGCUGAUCUGGGGACGCAGGCUUCUCCCAUCUGGUGGCUGUGCCAUCUCCUAGGGCCUCAGAGUCCUUCCCUGAGUCCUCUACACCCAGCUGCGGGAUGAGGGAGGAGAGACAGAGGGCCUGGAGAGAACAUGCCCACCCUUGACCACCUUGGCCUGGAGCUGACACAUCCUAUUGGUUCCCCUCCUUCCGGUCUGCCUCUGUAUCUCCCGUGACAUCAUGUAGGAGGGCUUCUGUUCAUCAUAAGCUUUGAGUCUCAUAAGAAGGACCACCACCAUUGACUGGGACUGUAACAUCUACCAGGAUCUUUACAGCCAUUAUUUCUUGUCCUUAUAAGAUUGGGAGCAGACUUCUCUGGAAGCAGAAGUCAGUGGAAGUUGUGUUUCCAUGGAGACCCAAUCACAUGCAACCAGGCUGUGAUCACAUGGAGCCACAAUGAUGGGGAGCUGCCAUCACUAAGAUGAGAGUCUCAAUUUCAGCUUCUGCCAGAGCCAGUAGCAGUUGGGAAAGAAGGCUGUGCUCUUCGAAGACCCCUGCAGGUGUCAGCCAGCCCUAAAGAGCAGGAUGGAUCUUGACGUGGUUAACAUGUUUGUGAUCGCGGGCGGGACGCUGGCCAUCCCGAUCCUGGCGUUUGUAGCCUCAUUUCUCCUGUGGCCUUCGGCACUGAUAAGAAUCUAUUACUGGUACUGGCGGAGGGCACUGGGCAUGCAGGUGCGCUAUGUGCGCCACGAAGACUAUCAGUUCUGUUACUCCUUCCGCGGCAGGCCUGGGAACAAGCCUUCCAUCCUCAUGCUCCACGGAUUCUCUGCCCAUAAGGACAUGUGGCUCAGCGUGGUCAAGUUCCUUCCAAAGAACCUACACUUGGUCUGCGUGGACAUGCCAGGACAUGAGGGCACCACCCGCUCCUCCCUGGAUGAUCUGUCCAUAGAUGGGCAAGUCAAGAGGAUACACCAGUUUGUAGAAUGCCUCAAGCUGAACAAAAAACCCUUCCACCUGAUAGGCACCUCCAUGGGCGGCCACGUGGCUGGGGUGUAUGCUGCUCACUACCCAUCAGAUGUCUGCAGCCUGUCUCUUGUGUGCCCUGCUGGUCUGCAGUACUCAACUGAUAAUCAAUUUGUACAACGGCUCAAAGAACUGCAGGAGUCGGCCGCCGUAGAGAAGAUUCCCUUGAUCCCAUCCACUCCAGAAGAGAUGAGUGAAAUGCUCCAGCUCUGCUCCUAUGUCCGCUUCAGGGUGCCCCAGCAGAUCCUGCAAGGCCUUGUCGACGUCCGCAUCCCUCAUAACAAUUUCUACCGAAAACUGUUUUUGGAGAUCGUCAGUGAGAAGUCGAGAUACUCCCUCCAUCAGAACAUGGACAGGAUCAAGGUCCCGACGCAGAUCAUCUGGGGGAAACAAGAUCAGGUGCUCGACGUGUCUGGGGCGGACAUGUUGGCCAAGUCGAUUGCCAACUGCCAGGUGGAGCUCCUGGAAAACUGUGGGCACUCGGUGGUGAUGGAGAGACCCAGGAAGACAGCCAAGCUCAUUGUCGACUUCUUAGCUUCUGUGCACAGCACAGACAACGACAAGAAGCUGGACUGAGGCCCCAGUGGCAGCCUGCACUCUGCACCCAGCAUCCACUCCCAUCUCCAGAAUCUGAUGCAGCCACCACUUCUCAGGGAUCCUGCCCCAAAUGCGGUGGGAGCGCCAGCGUCCCUGAGGAAGGCAAGUCCUCCAGCCCCAGUCUCUACAGAUCCACAGAGCUUCGGUGGCCACGAGGAAAACUCCAAGAUGUUUGUCACAAAAUGCACAUUCACAUGGAACGAAAUAAGAAAACCCAUCCAUGAAAUCUACCCAGAAGUCUUCAAGUUCAUGUCACAAAGCGCCCAUAUUGGACCAUAACCACUGGGGACAUUUUCUUUAAGAUGUUCCUCACAGACUGAGGCUCGAGGUAUUUCUGUUGCUUCUGACACUCUCCCGUGCAUGCUCAGUGGCUGUUUGAGGAGCGUUAGUCCCCAUUCACCAAGCCCCUCCUGUUUAUGUCUAAUUUAAGUUUACGUAGAGUCCCAUAUGUGAAUGCAGCCCGUCAACUGCAAGACCACGGAGGAGCACGGCAGGCUGUAGAAAACAUUUACCCAUGCAGAAGGGCGUGUUCGGCCUUGCCAGCUCUCAGAGCAGCAGAGGACACAGGUGGGUGAUUUGACCAGCACCCCUGUGUCAGGUAUGUCUUGAGUGAACCCGGGACAGCUGCAGUACAAAGAACACCUGGCAGGGUGGGUUCCCUGGGGAUAAUUUAUUAUUUUUUAAAAGGAACUAAUAAAGCAAUAAUGUUCUAGACAUCUAUCUAAAUAAUCAGACUCGGGUUCCGCUCCCAAGCACCUCUUUUCUAUCUUGCUGUGCUAUUGAAAACCCUUGGAUGUAAAAUACUAGAUUGUUAAUGAAUUCUGUGAAUUCUGUGAACAGUAAUGUGAUUGAAAAUAAAUCUAAACCGCUGUAAAAGUGACCACAAUGACAUAAAAUAAAUUUAAUAAGUCUAGAUCAGCAACA